GAACGCACGCAUUGGGUCCUUUCGCCUUCCGUCGCACCUCAGGGCUCUGGAAGGUUCCGUGACGGAACCGCCUAAAUUGAGGAAAGAAUAAGGGGCCAAGUAAAAUCUACAUCCAUCCGAGGCUUAAAAUUUAUUUCGGGGGUCGGGGAUACAUCGACUCUCCUUUCACUAACUGUUAUAAUACCUGAAUACAAAAAUAAGUAGCCAUGCCUGAAGUCGUCGGUGCUUCGAAAGCUUCCAAUGGAAAAAACAAAGGAGGCGCAUAUGUAGAUCGGGAUAAGCCUGCCCAGAUUCGCUUUAGCAACAUAUCUGCUGCAAAAGCUGUUGCUGAUGCCAUCAGAACCAGCCUGGGCCCCAAGGGAAUGGACAAGAUGAUCCAGGACGGUAAGGGCGACGUCACCAUAACCAACGAUGGCGCUACCAUCCUUAAGCUGAUGCAAGUUCUGCACCCGGCUGCUAAAAUGCUGGUGGAGCUGUCAAAGGCCCAGGACAUUGAGGCUGGGGAUGGCACAACAUCUGUGGUGGUGAUUGCUGGAGCUCUUCUUGAUGCCUGUUCCAAACUUCUCCAGAAAGGUAUCCACCCCACCACUAUCUCGGAGUCCUUCCAGAAGGCUGUGGACAAAGGCGUGGAAGUGCUGACGAGCAUGAGCCAGCCCGUGCAGCUCAGCGACACGGAGACGCUGCUCAACAGCGCCACCACCGCCCUCUGCUCCAAGGUGGUGUCCCAGUACUCCAGCCUGCUGGCCCCCAUGAGCGUGGAUGCCGUCAUGCGAGUCAUCGAUCCAUCCUCGGCCACCAGCGUCGACCUGCGGGACAUCAAGAUCGUCAAGAAGCUUGGGGGGACCAUUGAUGACUGUGAGCUCAUCGAUGGACUGGUGCUCACUCAGAGGGUGGUGAACUCCGGCGUCUCCCGCGUGGAGAAAGCCAAGAUCGGACUCAUUCAGUUCUGCCUCUCUCCUCCGAAGACCGACAUGGACAACCAGAUUGUGGUGUCCGACUACGCACAGAUGGAUAGGGUCUUGCGUGAAGAGAGGGCCUACAUCCUCAACCUGGUGAAACAGAUCAAGAAGGCUGGUUGUAACGUGCUGCUGAUUCAGAAGUCUAUACUUAGAGAUGCCCUCAGUGACCUGGCUCUGCACUUCUUAAACAAGAUGAAGAUCAUGGUCGUCAAGGAUAUCGAGCGGGAAGAUAUCGAGUUCAUUUGUAAGACAAUUGGAACCAAGCCCGUCGCCCAUAUCGACCAGUUUACCCCUGAGAUGCUGGGCACCGCGGAGCUGGCAGAGGAGGUUAAUCUGGAUGGAUCUGGGAAGCUGGUCAAGAUCACUGGCUGCACCAGCCCUGGGAAGACUGUCAGCAUCGUGGUGCGCGGGUCCAACAAGCUGGUCAUCGAGGAGGCCGAGCGUUCCAUCCACGACGCCCUCUGCGUCGUCCGCUGCCUGGUGAAGAAGAGGGCUCUGAUCGCAGGCGGAGGGGCCCCUGAAAUCGAGCUGGCCCUGCGCCUGGCAGAGUACGCCAGGGUCCUGGGCGGCAUGGAGGCCUACUGCGUCCGGGCGUACGCCGAUGCGUUGGAGGUGGUGCCGUCCACGCUGGCCGAGAACGCCGGCCUCAACCCCAUCUCCACCGUGACGGAGCUGCGUAACCGCCAUGCCCAGGGCGAGAAGACUGCCGGGAUCAACGUCCGCAAGGGUGGUAUCUCCAACAUUCUCGAGGAGCUGGUGGUUCAGCCCCUACUGGUGUCCAUCAGUGCCCUGACGCUCGCCACGGAGACGGUCCGCAGCAUCCUCAAGAUCGAUGAUGUGGUGAAUACCCGAUGAGCAGGGGAGGUGACAUCGCAAGGAAAAUGCCAGGUCACCGCGUGGCAUCAUGGGAGUUAACUUGCUAAACAUGAUGUAGGUGUCCUCUGUGCAAGCUAAUUGUUACCUUAUUUAAUAAAUUUGUUUUUCAAAUGA